AACAAUUCAUUAUCUGUCUCGGAUGCAGGUUGUGAUUUCAUUGCUCAGGGUGCUUCUGUUUGUUGCAAGGCCAAGGACUUUUGUGCUUAUAAACAUUCCAAAUUCCAUGAUAUACAGAAAUGCUGAUCAGUACCUUAAUGCAAACGGUAUUCCUGAAAUUAUCAUGCUUGAAAUUGAUGUCCCAAUUUACUUUGCCAAUGCAAGCUACUUAAGAGAAAGGAUCUCAAGGUGGAUUGAUGAAGAGGAAGACAAGCUGAAAUCAUCCGGAGAAACAAGCUUACAGUAUAUUAUACUGGACAUGGGUGCCGUUGGUAACAUUGACACAAGUGGGAUAAGCAUGCUUGAAGAGGUCAAGAAGACUACUGAUGGAAGGGGCCUCAAGCUUGUAUUAGCCAACGCUGGAGCUGAAGUGAUGAAGAAAUUUAACAAGUCUAACUUCAUUGAAAAUUUAGGCCAAGAAUGGAUACAUCUUACAGUGGGAGCAGCUGUGGCAGGAUGCAAUUUCCUGCUUCAUACAUAACCGUGCUAAGGAUGAAUCAGAGCUCUGGAACAAUGUCGAACCUAAAUAUCAAUAUUUAAUAUUGAUUUUAAAAUUUUGAAUUGUGUUUUAAUUAAAUAAAAUGACGUAAUUUAAUGUUAGAAUUCCAAUAUUUUUUUAG